CGAGUCUUUCGUUACACCUCUCUGAAGACAGCAGAGAGGGAGUGCAGAGAGAGAAAGAGAGAGAGUGUUAGUAGAGCGCACAGAGAAGACGGCAGCUGAAGACACAGUUGGACUGAAGGAAGAACACAAGAAUGAGUCAGAAACACACAGCAGCAUAAAGAGAAAAGUGGGCUACCAGAGAAGGACAGACAUCAACAGAGACGCUGACUGAAGGACUUCAGUGUUCAUCUUCCUGAACCAGACAGACAGAGAGACGGACGGCCGUGCGAGCUUGUGCCAGCCAUGGCGUCGGAACCGGGCACUCAGUCCAGAGUGAUGUUUCAGACCAAAGAGGUGGAGCCUGCCCAACGGAAACUGGGCAAACUAACGGUCAAAUACAACCGCAAAGAUCUCCAGAGGAGACUGGACAUCGAGGAAUGGAUAGACGGCCAACUGCACCUGCUGUACGACUGUGAGGAGGACGACAUUCCCGAGCUGGAGAUCGACAUCGAUGAACUUCUGGAGCUCACAGAUGAGGAGCAGAGAUCUAGACUGCAAGAGCUUUUGCAAGAAUGUGGAAAGCCAAAGGAGGACUUUAUCAAUGGACUGCUUUAUCGGAUGAAGGGACUGCGCAAGAUGUCCGGAUCUAUGAAGAAAUAGGAUUCAGUCAAUGUCUGGAAUUUUGAAGAUAAUGUGAAUUAGUCUGCUCAGCCCUCUCCCUUAGACUCCACCCACCCUGGUCCCGCCUCUAGAUCCGCCUCUGAAUGUCCCUGUGUGUAAUGUCUGUGGGGGUCUCAGCGCACACGUGAUGAAAGCGUAAGAGUGAACAGUUUGUAUAGUUCUCCCGGCAGACACAGGGUCACGUCACACAUCAAACAUUUUUUUUGUGAUAUGUACAUUCGUUUGUCUAUUUAUAUGUUUUUGUUCUGACAAGUGUUAUAACA